CAGCAGCCAAAGUUAACAACUUCAUUUUGGGAAGACGAAGGCACCAUCUGUUAUCAAGUAGAUGCUAGAGGCUAUUGUGUGGCUCGACGCCAAGACAACGAUAUGGUGAACGGUACCAAGCUUUUGAACGUCGUGGGCAUGUCCCGUGGCAAGCGUGAUGGUAUUCUCAAGAACGAACGGGGCCGCGUCGUCGUCAAGGUCGGUGCUAUGCACUUGAAAGGUGUUUGGAUAACAAUUUCGCGUGCAAAAGCCCUGGCCGCUCAAUACAAUAUCUCUGAUUUGUUACAUCCCUUGUUCACCGAUGACCCUGCCGUCUUU